GCGUGGCGGGGCGUUCGUGCGGCUCUCGCUCUCUCCCUGCUUAUUUAUCGAUCGCACGGGCAGAGCAGCGCGCGGAGCUCGCUCGGGGGAGAUGCGGGACCACCCACUGGCGGGGAAGCAGCGAGCAGCCCUCUCGCGCCCCCGCGCCGCCGAGCGCCUCCUGCCUCCGCGCCCGGACGCCAGCCCACUCCUGCCUCGGUCCCGGCCCCACGCUGCCACCGCCUGCCCCGCAGCCCCGGAACCCCGCAGUCCCGGAGCCCCGCAGCCCCGCAGCGCCCCGACCCCGGGGACGCCGGCCGCGCAGUAAGUUGGCAGGAGCGAGUGGCCUGGGCGGCUCGCCUCCCCCGCACCUUUUUGAACUUGUUGCUGUUGGCUCUGCUCGCCUGCGCCUGGCUUUUGGGAAGGUGACAAGGAGGAGGGAGGCACAGAGGGUGGGGGAAGGGGACAGAGAGCUCGCCAGAGCUUUAUUUAUGCUCCCCGGGAGCCUGGGAUCUGGCUGCUCGGGAGCCGCUGGCUCUGCCUUUCCCUUUCCGGGUGCAAGGCGACAGCAAAGUCUCUAUGCAACUCAGCCCCGGCGCGUACUUUGCCAGGUAUGUACGGCGGGCGAGGCGCGUUCUGCGCGGAGGCAGAUGCUGCUGCCGCCACGGCGGCGGCGGCUGCCAGCUCCCGAGCUCUAUAACUGUCACACUGCACCUGAGCUGAACUUGAACAGAGAGUGAAGGGGCCCAUCAGGCGAACGCUCUCUUUCGGCUGGCACAGAGGGUGUCAGUCGACGUGAGGGGACAGAGAACUCUAGACCGACGCCCCCCGCCGCGAGCCCUGCACUUCACCUCCAUCUCUGCAAGCGCAGCGUUGAGUAGAGGAGGCCAGCGGACUCCAAGGGACGCGGGACAGCGGCUGUGACCGCAUUUCUGGAGCUACAACAACAGGUCGUCUUUUUGAGACGCCUUUGGCGGGAAGGACCACUUCAGCAGAAGGGGAAGGUGAAAAGGUUCUUUCUUUUAAGAGACUACCACUGGUUGACUUUCCCUGUUUCCUCUCACCUGCUCUAUAUACCGACCCUGUAUCAACCAGACUGUAUCAGGGGAGAAGUGAAGACACCUGUUUGAAGCAAGGCUGUCUCUAAAGUCACCUGUGCGUUUAGAUGUGCCAGGAGGUGCCCUGGUCCAACUGUUGGCAGAGCUUUGUUUAGGCUCUAUGGAGAGAGAUUUUUAGGUCACUGUAUUUUUUUUUUCUCUCUUAGUAUUCCAAAUACUUGUCUGUGAGAGAAAUCUGGCUUUUUGGGUACUGUGACUUCACCUGCGCCACCUUGGAAUAACCGUGUUCCUGUGAGCCGUGUUCCCCAGUGUUUUGUCUGAGGUGAAGAAGUGGGGCAUUUUGUUACUUUCAUUGUGUUACUUUGGGUGACCCCUGAUCACUCUUGUGACCUCUACUUCAGACAACAUGGCAGCCGGUGUUGCAGCAUGGCUACCCUUUGCCAGGGCAGCCGCCAUUGGGUGGAUGCCUGUUGCCUCCGGGCCUAUGCCAGCUCCCCCAAGGCAGGAGAGAAAAAGGACUCAGGACGCUCUAAUUGUGCUGAACGUGAGUGGCACCCGUUUCCAGACAUGGCAAGACACCCUGGAACGAUACCCAGACACUCUGCUGGGCAGUUCCGAGAGAGACUUUUUCUACCACCCAGAGACCCAACAAUAUUUCUUUGACCGUGACCCAGACAUCUUCCGCCACAUCCUCAACUUCUACCGCACGGGGAAGCUUCACUAUCCCCGCCAUGAGUGCAUCUCGGCUUAUGAUGAAGAAUUGGCCUUCUUUGGCCUCAUCCCAGAAAUUAUUGGCGACUGCUGUUAUGAGGAGUACAAGGACCGCAGGCGGGAGAAUGCAGAGCGCCUCCAGGAUGAUGCAGACACUGACAAUACAGGAGAGAGUGCUCUGCCCACCAUGACUGCUAGGCAGAGGGUCUGGAGGGCCUUUGAGAACCCCCACACCAGCACCAUGGCCCUGGUGUUCUACUAUGUGACCGGGUUCUUCAUUGCCGUCUCAGUCAUCGCGAAUGUGGUGGAAACAGUUCCAUGUGGGUCUAGCCCAGGCCACAUAAAAGAACUGCCUUGUGGGGAAAGGUAUGCAGUGGCCUUCUUCUGCUUGGAUACCGCCUGUGUCAUGAUCUUUACGGUUGAGUACUUGCUACGCCUGGCCGCAGCGCCUAGUCGUUACCGUUUUGUGCGCAGUGUCAUGAGUAUCAUCGAUGUGGUGGCCAUCCUACCCUAUUACAUUGGGCUGGUGAUGACAGACAAUGAGGAUGUCAGUGGCGCCUUUGUCACACUCCGAGUCUUUCGAGUCUUCAGGAUCUUUAAGUUUUCCCGCCACUCUCAAGGCCUGCGUAUACUGGGGUACACACUGAAGAGCUGUGCGUCAGAACUGGGCUUCUUGCUCUUUUCCCUCACAAUGGCUAUCAUCAUUUUCGCUACGGUUAUGUUCUACGCAGAGAAGGGCUCUUCAGCAAGCAAGUUCACCAGCAUCCCUGCAGCCUUCUGGUACACCAUCGUCACCAUGACAACACUGGGAUUUACAGACUUCCAGAGCAGAAAUGGAAAUACAUUACAUUUAAUUCCCAGAUUUUUAUAAAGGAGACAAGAGCAGAUCAUAAAGAUGACAAAGUUGAUAACGAUUGUUUCGGAAUGACGAUGGCCUCACCAGAAAACUCAAAGUCAAGUCUGUGAAUUUUUAAUCAACAUGCUUGAUUUCAAAAUGUUUAAACUGGUGGCUCAUUCGUGUUGUGUCCAUCUCAGCUUUUCGUCUGCUCCAACAUAAGGCAAAGUGUUCCGUUGCUGUGAGGGCCUGUGACAAAACUCCUGCUAACAGCCAAUGAAUGUAAAAUCAAUCGCCAAGACACAACUGUUCUUCCCAUGAAAAAUGGACUUUGAAAAAAUGCUGACAUAAGCAAUAUGUAGACUGGUGGCCUAGAUGUAAACACAAGGGCACUUACAAACUGUAACAGCCAGAUGAUUGUAGGAGGAAUAUCUGUCUUGAUUCCACACAUUCCUUUGUACUUUUGUACAAGGAUUCAAAUUGUAUCAGGGAAAAGGAAGUCUCUGUCAUUAUUGACUGUUUUAAAUUCAUCUUCCUCUAAAGCUUCUGUAAUAUUAUUACCUUCAUAAACAUGCACAUUUUCUUCUUUGUAAAAAGACAUAGGUUUAUGAAAUAUAAUUUUAUAUUAUGCUUUACUUAAUUAUAAAAACAUAACUUAGGUUGUACCUUAUACUAUGUGCAACAUAGUAAAUGAUGUAUGACACACACUAGACUACUUACUAUAUAUGACAUGUAUCUUAAAAUUGUAAACUCAAAGAAUGCAUGUAUCUACACAGAAACACACACGUGCACACACAUGCACACGCACACUAGAAAAGAUCCAGUGCAGGCCCAAAUUCUCCAGCAGAUCCAGCACACACAACACAGGUGUGUGUGAUAGAACUAAGACCAUGAUUUAAUGAUUUUAUUCAUUGGUUCGUGUUCAGAGGGGUCUGGCGCAGGGGUUCAUAGUUAUUAGCUUUAUUAUUUAUUUUUGGAGUUCAGAUAAAUGUGGACUUGGUUAGUAGCUCCCUUCAGUGUAGAAUUUGACAUGUCCCCAGAAUUACCAGAGUGAAAAACAUUUCUCCUGCAGCCUUCCCUGAACCCUGCCAUCUCCUGGUGCUGCAUUCCGUCCCACCUUUCCUUAUAGCAGUUAAGAACACUGACUUACAGCAGCAUUUGAGACUUUGAAAAACUCAGUAAACCUUUUCCUCCUUGAAGUAAACAUGGUAUUCUCUAUAAUCACGUGUAUUGAGUGAAUUUCUUAUGCUACUCCACUUUUCUUAAAGCCUGUGGAUGCUUAAAAAUGCUUUAAAAAUGGAAUUGGAGUUCUCACCAAUCUAGAAACAGCCCAUUACAAGAUUUAACCUCCUAUAAAGUUAGCUUAUUGCUAGUCUAGUAGUUUGUGGUAAUAAGAUAAUUAUAGAGACUCACAGUGAAUUGAGCAUGUACUGAGUCUUGCCUACUUUGAUACAACUAAGUCACAUGUAGAUAAUGAGAAAAUUGUCAAUCAUUAUUUGGGAAUUUUUAAGCAUCAACUAUAUCCCAGUGGUUAUACCUUGGGCACUGAAAGAAUAAAGUGAACUCCACAGGUUUAUAACCAAGAUUUGAUUAAAUGUAUUUGGAUAAAUUGUUAUGAUAUCGCUGUUAAUAUAUAUUACAUCAUAAGUCCUGGAAUGAUUGUAUCUGGAUUUAACUUGGAUUAUGGCUUAUUUUUAUCAUUAUCUAUUCAAUCAUUUAUAUGUUGUUCCAUUAUGUUAUUAUAAUUAUCUGUAAUAUUUUAUAGAAUAAAGGAAGUCAUUCAUAGGAUAUAUGCAAAUAUGCUAUUUUAUGAACAACUCUUGAAAAAAUGUACAGGUGGCCAUGGAACAAUGUUCUCCCAAGGCCAACUGCAUUAUAGCUAAAAUUCCUUCUCUUUCUCGCUGUGAGAAGAUGUGUCAGAGAAUGUUUACAGUCACACUGGGGGAUUUUUGAGAAGGAAGUUGACAUCUUACUGUUAACAUAUACUAAUAAAUUAAGAUUUCAGUACGUGCAUUCAUCCAUGAAAUCAUCUCAUAAUUACUCUAUGAAUUAUUUAAUACAACUUUUAUAAACUAUUUAUUUGUAUUUAUCACUUAAAAGACAAGCAGCAUAGUCUAGCUUGAAAAGUUUACCAAUGUAACCCAUCUUGUAGUCACAGAAGAAGGAAUUGUACCUAGGACUGUGUGGUAUAGCCUGAGUCCCUCAUUAGAUUUGUGUCCACAGCUUUCUAAGAUCUCAGUUGUAAUAGGAAGAAAUAAUGGAUGGAAAAGAUGCAGGGAAAAUAAGCCAUUUAUUGAUAACAUCAGAUAGAAUCGAAUUGUAGUAGUUUGGGAGAAAGAAAAAUAAAGCUACCUUCUAAGUCUCUGAGUUGAGUGAGUCGGAUGUUGAUGAGAACAAAGGCAGAACCUAACGUAACAGUUUGGAGUGAAAAGGUUAUGCGAACCUAUGAAGGCUUUGUGCUUGGAGGACCUCCAUUACACAAAUAACCAUGCGGCUAUAGAGCUUUCAAAUGUGUGCUCAAUACCGGAAUAGUGCUUAACGUAUGCUCUACAGAGCCCCAGGUUUCUCACAGUUGUAGAACAUUCACAAAGGCAAAGUAUUUAAGUGACAUUUCAAUACAUCAUUUGUCCUUUCCAUUGUUUUGAUGUUUGCAUUAGUAAUGAGAAGCCACCUAGGUAAGAUCCCUUAAACAAUAAAGCAUUUUGUCAAAAAGUGACAAUAAACUAUUUUUCUCUUCAUCUAUUUAAUGGCUAAUAAGUUGAAACCAGAUUUUCUAAGAAUGAAGGGACAGAAAUUGUUUAUCUUUUUAAAUCUCAAACUUUCAACUCUCGGAUGUUUUAACAUUUCUUGUAAUGAACUACAUUUUUUUCCUUCUUGCAUACAAAGAAAUUAAUCAUUGUGUCAGGGUGAAACAUUUUGAGUGGAUAGCUAGUGUAUUUGCUCUUCAAUGCCAUAAUAUUUUGUUUUAAAAAGAACAAGUAUGAUAAGUAUUUCCAUCAUACCAAAGAAGUGUUGCAAAAAGUCAAAGAUAUGAUCUGCUGGAACCAGUUCUGAGAUUUUUUUUGAAGCUUCAAAAUAUGUAAAAUUUAUGCUAUUAUAAUUUGAUGAUAUUUAAUAUACAUGUUAUACCAAAAUAUACCCUUAUUUGUAAAAUGAAAAAAAUACUCAGAGCACCACUCUUUUAUGAGUUUGAUGCUGGAUUUAGAAAAUUCUAUGUGGAAAAAAUGAUCCAGCCAAUGUACAAUACAGAAGAAUGGAUUUAUAUCAAAGUAUAUAAAAAGUUUAUUGGUGUUAAAUCAGAUUCCAGCCUAUAGCUGCUCAUUCAGAAACUGGUCCUUUUGAGGCGUAAUAUACCAAAAAGGAAGACUAUCUAGUUAUUUAAGCAUGGUAGAAAAAAACAUGUCUCCUUUUUAGGAAGGAGAAUUUUCUUUCUAUAUUAAAAAAUAUACUGAAGGUAUUGAAUAUGAAAGCAGCUCUGAGGACCUAGCUAUCUUGCGCUAAACCAGUCAUUAUGAUGACUUUGAAAAGUGUGGAAAUUUCACUCUUUCCAUACUUUAAAAAUUGAAUUAUUUUUAAUCACCAAGGUGUUACUUAUGUGAAUAUGUGAGGCAUCUAUGAAUGUUGUCAUCACAUUAAAUUAAUUAAAACAUAAAUAGAGCAUAAAACUAGAAUUGGAAGUAAAUGGCUUUAUCCUCAAGUUUGAGAGUAAGAAAACACUCGGGUUUUCUUCUAGACAUUAAGGUUUAUUUUAGAUAAUCGUGGGGUACUUUGCAUCUGAGAUGCAUUUUCCUGGAGCCCUGAAGGCAGGGUCACAUGAUUGAGGAUGACCUCACUUGAUAGAUAUUUUAAGUAAGUGAUAUUUUGUUUUCAAAAAAUUUAACUAGAAAUUCUGUUUGAAAUACACAUGAAGAUAAUUUAUUUGAAUUAAAUUUUAUCACCAGAACUAGUUGGGGUGGAGGAGAUUGCUCAGAUUUUAACAACACUUAGGACUUUUGCCGAAGAACCAGGCUUGGUACCUAGCACUCCCAUUAGUCACCUCACAACUGACUGUAACUGUAAUUCCCGAGGUCCCAAGGCCCUAUUAGGGCUUCCAGGAUUCCAAUGAUCAUGGGCACAUUUCUACACUCAGUCCCACACAUACAUAUACCUAGAGUAAAUAUAAUUUGAAAAUUAAAGUAUACAACUAUAAUGCUCUGAAACAGCUGUGAAAAUAAACUAACACAGAAUUUCUUUUCAAGUGAUAAAGAUACCAUCUAGUCAGUAUCCUUGUUAUCUUAUUCAUUCUUCCUCUACUGUGCCAGCCUUAUGGUGCACUCAUCUGUCUUAGUUCACUUGAAUUUUAUGAUGCUUUCUAAUACACAUGUUCAUACUAUGGAAAGUGUGCCAUCCCACUUUUACAAGUGUAUUAAUAUUUAAGUUAAUGGAACAUGAUAAAAGUUUUAAUUUAUAAUACAUAAAUAUAUAUUAUCUAUCUCUAUAUAUUAUAUCUAUGCAAAUUUCUUUAUCAAAUUCUAAAUGCUAUAGUCACUCAGCAAAUUUAAACAAAAAAUGUGUAUCUAAUUAUUUCAUAGGUCAUUAAAUCCGGUUUCUGUUUUUCUUAAAUUCUCAGAGCAUAUAAAGUAUUCAAGUUUAGAAGCAGGACCUCGAGAUACCAAAUAACUCACUUAGAUGAAAAAAGUUAUUAGAAAGGAGAAGCUAGCCUCUGUGAGAGUAUGAAUCCUGCAGUUCCAGAGUGCUGACCUUGAAUUGAGGGAAGGCACUUAAUUCUUUAUGCAAACCUCACAUGACUAAUGCUCUGAUGGAAAAUUUCCCAGAUGCCUCAAGGUUCCAAAGCAGAAGUAAUGCCGUCCCUGGAAGUAUAUAAUCAUAACAUUCCCUACAAAGUCAUGUAAUAAUGUGAUCUCGUAAAUACACCCUUAACGUCAUAUAAACUAUAAUCACACCCCUGAGAGCAGAACCACUUUUCGGAUAAUCACAUGUACAAGGCCCCUUUUUUAUAAACAUAAAGCAUAAAGACCUUGUAAUGUGAACUCUAAAUCAAAGAUUAAUAUUUUGAAUGGGCACAAGUCAGAGAGUAGUGUAUUGAGACAGUAGAUGGGAAAUGAGAUUAUCGUAAAGUUGAAAUUGAAUUGCUAGGGAUUAAUCACAGUUAAGGUGAGGGUAUAGUCCAGUUUCCUUUGUGGUCAGGGCAUAUUAUAAUGUAGGACCUCAGGAAGCUACAGCCUGUUUAUCUUAGAAAUAAAUACUGCUACAGAAGAAGAAAACGAAACACAAUUCCCAUUUCAUUAUCCUAUUGGGUUUUUCUUUGCUUGCCUUAUUGACUGAUCUAGCAUGGACUGAGGAUCUAAUAAGGUACAACAAUGUCCACUGGCGCACUCCUUCUCCUUGAGGAGUCUUUGUUUGAAACAUGCCAUCUGGGGGAGUCUCAAGUCCUGUGUGACUCUAGACACUGUCUUCUUGUUAUUUCUAGGCUGAAUAGGUUUGUUGGGGGAGAAGGGAAGCAGAGUGCUUUUCCUGUGAAGUCGGUUUCAGACUGGCUGUGCUCCAGCGCUGCUCUGCCCUACUUUUAUUUCCCCAUCAUAGACUGUUGAUGUUAUCCAGGUUCUCUAUUCUAUUAACUUCUCUCAGAUCUCUUAUAACACGUUUAACUCCUUUAUAGAUUUGUAUUUUGACUAAUUUCUUCUUUAUCUAAUAGAACUGACAAACAUGAUCAGAGUAGAAAACGGUUAUUAGACAAGUGUCACCAGAAAUUGGAAAUUCAUACUUAAUGGUCUCUCUCUACCUCAAAUCAUACCCAAUGUCAAGUGUUGUUAUUAUCAAAUUUUGAAAUAUUGUGGAACUGAAGUAUACACAGUUAUUAAUUGAAAAAGCCAUAAUUCCAAAUCAGGAUUUAUGAAUAAUUCAGGAUCGUUUUUAUUUCAAUUCACUUUUCUGAUUUUAUACAAGUGGUUACAUCUUCUUAAAGAACACUUUCCCCCUCUAAAUAUCUGCAGGAUACUGGUUUAAUAUUUAUUCAUAGAUGCAUGCAUGUGAUUAACUAACAUUACUAAAGCAAAUAAUGUAGCCUUGGCUUUGUAUGAGAGUUAGAUAUUUGAUUUCUUGUUCUUCAGAGUACUGUCAGCAUAAAAUGGAGAGAAAACAAGUACUCUGCAUAAAUAAGGCGUGGAUGGCUUUGCCUGUUCUGUAACAAGAAAGUAGUAAAGAAGAUUUAAAGGGAAAAAAGCAUAUUCCUCAGAUUUAGAAGCUGUCAGUCCAUCAUCCCUUGUACCAGCUGGUAGCUUUGGUUGGGUUGCUCUAGAUUUUCCUUUCCUUGCUAAUAGGAACACGUGUGCAUGUUCUGUGACUUGGCAUACUUAGAAGUAAGCUACGUUGGGUGGGGUCCCACCUGAACACAAUUCAUUCUUGAGUGGCUCUUCUCCCUAAAUACAGUAACACUGGUUUCCACAUUUAUUGGUGUAGAUAGAACUUAGUCCAGUCAAUAACUGACAGUAAAUAUGAUCAUUAAAUUCAGUAAAUUAAAAAUAUUUGUGAGAAUUAGAAAGUUCGGACUUAAGUACUACAUAAGUGGAGAAGACUCACCUGUGUAUUUUGGAGAAAGGAGAUAGACAUUGAAAGACUUUAUGUUCAUGGAGAUACUAGAAGACUUGGACUUUGACACAAUAGUAGAAUGGAGAUAGAGCACGAGAAAAAAAAUGAUAAACUCUCCAUACAGGAGUUAGAUAUGAUAAUAUGCAUUAUUAGUUCAGAUGGUGAUGACCUGGGAAUUCCUCUCAAAAAGAGAUGUUAGGAUAUGGCUUGAAGUCGAAGAUACGCCCAUAUACCCACAGCAAAGGGCUACAGAGUUGGUUUUGUCCCUUUAAAGCUCAGCACAUAAAUCUGCAAGAAGCGAGUAUUUCAUUCACUGUGCCAGACAUUGAGCAGUGCCGUGUGGUGUGUGUAAUAGAUUCUUCAUAGACUUCUGCUGACUGUAGUAGUCAGACUUAUGCCGCAGUAUAGGUCAGAUAUUUUGAGAGGAACUCAUUUAUGGCUUUUUGGAGCUCUGUCUCUGCUAUUGUAGUUGUUGAGGAAUGAGCACGCCAUUAUGAUAUUUGGCACUUCCCAGAGUGGGAACAGAUUGGGCUCUGUUUGCACCUUACCUUCAGACAGUUUUUAGAAAGAUUUUAUAUCCUGCACAUAAAUAGUUCCUCCAGUUUCCUGCCAAGAAAGGUGCCCUUCUCUCUCUGUAACAACUCACAUUCUGCAUAUUACAAGUAAUUAGGAUAAUAUGUGGGAGGAAGGAAAUGGUUUUAUAUUUGACUGUUUGGUGGCCUUUGACCUUUUCAAUUAUUGUAUGGCUAUACCAUCAAUAAUUGAGGCCACGGAAUAAGUGACAUUCCUAGACUUUUCAGAUGUGAUGGGAGUUCAUCAUGUUUCAAGGUCUUACAUGGCUUCCACAAUUCUUACUAUCUAUAGUUUUUAAAAUACAGAAUUAUAUCUUCCCUGUAAACAACAAAGCCCAUGUCAUCUCUCAUUGGUCACUUGUGUCUUCAUAAGUAGACUUGCUGAUAUGAAGUAGAGAGAUACACUUUUAAGAAUUACUCUUUAAUGAUGAAAAAAAUCUUCGUACGGGAACAUAAGUGUGCACCUUCGCAGCUUUUAUCCAACAGGAAUUACGUAAACAGUGUUUCCUUUCAUGAACACUGCAAGGUCACCUAAGAGCCUAGAUAGAGAGGGAUAUACUGGUCCUUGACAACACCAGCUCAUUUUUUCUACUGAUCUUUAUUAUGAACCACGGUGGGUAAGCAUUGCAGCUUAAGAGCACAGAGCUAUGGAUUCUGUCAAGCAACUUUGUAAAGACAUCCUUAAUUUUUUAUUGUGGCUAGUUUAAUUUAAUCUUCUUUUUACCGUAUUCACUUUAUAUCCCAUUCACUGCUCCCCUCCUGGUCACCCCUUUCCACAUCUCCCCUCCCUUUCUCCUCUGAGUGGGUGGGGUACCCCUGUGUAUCCCCACACAUACCCUGGCACUCCAAGUCUGUGAGGCUAGGUCUUUCCUCUCUCACUGAAUCCACAAGAGGCAGCCCAGCCAGCCAAUAGAAUGUAUCCCACGUACAGGCAACAGCUUUUGGCAUAGCCCCUGUUCCAGUUAUUGGGACCCACAUGAAGGUCAAGCUGCACAUCUGCUACAUAUGAACAUGGAGCCUAGGUCCAGCUCCUGUAUAUUGUUUGAUUGGUGGUUCAGACUCAGAGAGCCCCAAGGGUUCAGGUUAGUUGACUCAGUUGGUCUUCCUGUGGAGUUUCUGUCCCCUUCUGGGCUGGCAAUCUUUCCCCCUACUCUUCAGUAAAGGUCCCCAUGUUCUAUCCACUGUUUGAAUGUCUGAGUCUUCUGCUUGGUGGAAUCUGUUAGAGGACAACAGGCUCCUGUCUGUAAGCAUGACAGAGUAUCAUUACUAGUGUUAAGGAUUGGUGCUUGCCCAUGGGAUGGGUCUCAGGUUGGCCCAGUUAUUGUCUGGCCAUUUUCUCAGUCUGUGCUCCAUCCCCAUGCCUACAUUUCUUGUAGACAGGAUAAACUUAGGUUGAAAAUUUUUUAACAUUUUGAAACAAAAGUUUGUGGUAGCUUGCCUUUGAUCUCUUACGUGCCUUUACUCCUACUACAUGUAUUGUAGCCUUAACAUACCUUCUUAAUAAAUAUUUGAACUCACGGCCUUGGAAAAAGUACCACAUUUGAAAGCCACAAAAAUUAAUAGAAUAUACAUAAUCUCUGAUUAAAGAAUAUGCCUUGGUGAUAAUAUUAUUUAUUCUAACAUUUGCUUUGAAAGUAGUCUGAAUAUUGUAAAUACAUUUUUAAAUUAAGGAUUUCACUUAGAUAACCUAAAAAAUGUGAUGUGAUUUUUCCUGCCUGUCUGUCAUUGAUUCUUCCAUAUUCUCUCUUUAUUGAAGUAAAUGUAAUUUAAUCCUGACAUUAAUAAAUUCUGAUAUUAAUUUGACAAACAUUUCAUCUUAAACACAAAUAAAAUUAAAGUUUUAAGUAAAGUUAAACAACAAAUAAGGCACUUAGAGAAAUGUGAAAUCUUCAGAUGGUAGUGACUAGCUAUUAUAUCACAUCAUUCAAGCCACAGGGAAAUGAUUAGUUUUUGUUUUGUUCACUUUUUAAUACAUGACGAGCCUGUUAUCGUAUAAAUAAUGGAUUUGUUGUUUUUUAAAAUGACCACAGGAAAUAUCAUCUGCCUUUGUUGAAUGAAAUUAAGCUCAAAUAUUUAUCUUUUACAGAUAGAACCCACAUUAGAAUAUGACACUGGUCCUUUACUGUGGCCAGUGAAGUCCUGUUUGUUGGAGGUCUUUAAACAAGUAUGGUGGUGUUCAAACAGUUCUGUGAGCUUCUUAUUUUAUCUAUCUAUCAAUCCAUCCAUCAUAUAUAUAACUAUAUAUAUAACUAUUUAACUAUAUAAAUAUAUAUAUACAUAUAUACAUACACACACAUAUAUACAUACACACACAUAUAUACAUAUAUAUUUAUAUUAUAUGUAUAUCCUGGAUAUCCUGGAUUUCACAGAAGAAGUUUUUAUGGAAGGUUCAAGUUAUUUUAUAAUAUAAUGCAACAUUUCCAAAGAAUUAUUUGAUGAUUUUCUUGUAGAUAAAUGUACUUCUUUUUGGCAGAAGUUCUACAAAAUUAAUGGAACACACCUAAUAUGCACUCAAAUAUUAUCAUUUUUCCAACAUUAUUUGACUCGAUAACAUUCACUUUGAAAGUGGACUGAGUUAGAGUAUGGUGGCGCAUGCCUUUAGUUUCAAUAUAUGGGAGACAGAGGUCGGUGGAUCUCUGAGUCUACAUAGCAAACUUCAGGGCAGUCAAAUGUACAUGGUGAGACCCUGUCUUCAAAACAACAGCAAUAACACCAAAACCAAAACAACCUCACAAAAAUAAAGAAAAAAGUAAACUGAAGGAUUUAUUUAAAUAUUUAACUAAGGGUCUGAUUGGAUAAUGUGGCACUGAUUGAAGUUGUGGGACAUUCUUAGUGGGCGUUAGCUUUAUUUUUUUGUUGUUGUUGCUGAUUUUUUUCUUUUUUACUGUUUUCCAACAACACCAAAAACCUGUCUUUUCCUCCCAACAUUUCAGUCCUAAGGUAUCUUGUUGCACAGGAGGUGGGACAGUCUCUUUUUUGAAUCUACAUUUAGAAAUGAAACAUAUGUAUAUCCUCAGAUCAUACCCAUUAAAUUGUCCCUGUACUUAAAAGAAAAUUCAUAGAUGUCGUCAAUUUGAAGGUACCGCCUUGAGACUUGAAACAUUCAGGGCGGGUAAGGAGAUAUGGCGCCUGAGGGAGAGGGGACUGCAUGCUAAACACAUUUCAUGAAAGCAGAGUAGGGAAGGCUCUGAAUCUCAGAAAUGCAAAGGCAGAGUGUUUGCGAGCAGUGUAUAGCGCACUGGCUGGCUAUAAUCUCCAUUGAUCCCUAUUUGUCCCAUUAAUGUAAUGAGAGAACCUGGCUAAAGUCAGUUUCAAAGUGGGUUCUAAUUCUAUUUAAAGGCUGUAACGCAGCUGACUAAUUACCUCACGGAGUCUAGGCUAUUUCUGUACUGGCAGAACUGAGGAGAGGGGUCCACAUCUCCCCUUCAGUCUCUUGCCUUUGAAGAGCCUGUGAAGAUCGUGGUCUUGUGCAGAUUUCCAAUUGACAUUGAAAGAAGAUAAAAAAUUACAAAUGAAUCAAUAGCUUAACAUUUUAUGGAACUACAGAAUCUGUAAUUAGAGCUACCCCAUAUUCUGGGCUCGGAGGCUUAAUUUCUUCUUAUGCAUUUUUAAGUUAUAGACUCACAAUCGAGCCUGAAGCUGAAGAAUGUAUGGACAUACAAAUCUCAGAAAUCAUCAUCAUCAUCAUCGUCAUCAUCAUCAUCGUCAUCAUCAUCAUCACCACCAUCAUCAUCACCAUCACCAUCAUUUUACAAAAGAGAUAUUUCAGAACUCUCUGUAUGUGUUUGUGUGUCUGUGUGUGUGUGUGUGUGUGUGUGUGUGUGUGUGUAUGUGUGUAUGUGUGUGUAUGUGUGAGUGUGUAUGUGUGUGUGUAUGCGUGUGUGUGUGUGUAUGAGUGUGUGGGGGUAGUUUUUUUGCAAACUUUGUAGAGCCAUUUCUGUGUAGCCUGACCGUACUCAUUUACACAUAAGAGUUAGUAUUUUUAUGUUUGAAAGCCAAGACUGUCUUACUGAUACAAUUUUCUUUUCUGCUUACACUUUGACAAUUCAUAGCCCUGUUUAUCUUGAGGUUAACUGGAGGUCCCCAAAACACAGCUAAUUGGCAAAGGAAGAAAAAGAGAAAGUUUUGUUCUCUAGACCAGGGAAAUGGUGACUUUAAAGUCUGGAGUUUAAUUAUAUUUACAAAUAAAAUAUGUAAAUAGAAUAUGACUGCCUACAAAUUAUAGCCAAAGCAGGAAGCCACCUAAGAGGCAGGGGCCCCACUGGCUGCAGGCCUCGUGGUUCUCAGUCCAGCUUUGUAAUACUGAGAGAGCUGACCUUUGGAAAGUCAUUUAUCCUUCCUGCGCUGCACUUUUUAUAAGAUAAAAUAAGAGCUCACUGUGAAUUCAGCCUGAGGUUCCAAAAAGUCGGUAAGUCUACUUCAUAGACAACAUAUUACAGCUUCCUAUCAGAGUCAGAAGUACAUUUCAUCUAAGGAAGUCACACAGUGUUUUAAGAUUUCUAUUGAAUAUUGUUACAGGUUAGACCAAGUCUAAGCAGAGCUAGAGAAAGGCAAACAGGGUAAUAUAUAGUAAAGUAUUGAUUGGAAAGUAUAUUUGGAAAUAACUGGUGCCAGGGGUGAGAGAAAAUAGAGAGAAAAGAGAACUUGUUCUGUUUAUUUGUAUGUUUCUGGUCUUUACUGUAGUUGUUUUUACUAAAUUAUUUUAUUCAUUUACAUUCCAAACGUUGCCACCCUUCUAGUCUCUCUUCCCAUAGUUCACCUCAGAUGCAUAGAAAUCUCUCAAAUUAUCUGUGAAUAAAACUGAAUCUCCAACAUUUCCCCCAAAUCUCUCUUAACUACAUCCUUUCAUAGAAAUAUCAUGGAUCCUUUCUGGAUUUCAAGCUGCUGUCUCUCGGUGAUCUAUGGCUUUUUGUUAAAAUACUGUGUAUGUCCUGGAGUCCUAGUAGGUGUAGCGCUAAACUUGAAAGGCCCUGGGUUCUGUCUUCAGCAUGUCCUGAAAUGAGCUGUGGAGGCACACAGGUGUAGAAGCUGGAGGACCAGGGCUUCAGAAUCAGGGUAGACCUCAGGUAGAGGGCCAGCUGGGCUGCCCUGUGCCUUGUGUCAAACAAUGAACAUUAGAUUGUCCCUCUAAAGGGAAUGAUUUAUCAGAGGGUAACAGGGCCAACUGCUCUUGCAGAAGGCUAGAGCUCUGUUCCCAGCAUGCCUGUAAGGUGGCUCAUUACUGCUUAUAACGGUGGCACCAGAAUUCGGUGUCGUUUUCUGCUGGCAGAACUCUGCUGGCAGCUAUACACACACGCAGGUCCACAGGUCCACAUGUGUACACACACACCACAGAGAAGUAAACAGGGCUAAACUGUGAAGUAUGUAGAGAGAAACUGCUCUUGUUCCCUCUCAUCCUCUUUUAACUGUCAUCUUUCCUUUGCCUCACUGUGCUCUCGUUACACCCUUGUUAUCACAACCCCUGCUCCACUUCAGCCACCACAGUGGCGCUCUCAUAACCUAAGGUUGGUUGUCUGUGAUACUUUUAUUCCCAAUACCAUGAAAUGCCUUUUCAGAUUUAUACACAAUUAAACCAAAAACGAAACAUCAUUCACCAUCAUCAGUGUGGCUGUGUCUGCCCUCCCACACCAGCACUGGUUCCCCUUAGCUCUGUGAGUCCCUGCUAUACUAUCUCCUUAAUUGUUUUUUCUUGCUCCGUUUGACCCAGCCUUCCUGCCUUUCUUGAUGAUUCUAGCUAUAUUCCUACUUUCCAUGAGCAUAUGAUGAUCCCUACACACAUGAGAUUUUGUUUGGGUUUCUUUUCCUCAGAUUUGCAUUUGCUAAGUUGAUUUCUGUUCCUUCAAGUGUGUGCAUUGCACAGUCCCAGCAUCGUCUGCUUUGUUCACUGAAACGAGUACCCCAAACAACUAAUUCCUAGAAUAUAAUAAAUAUCCAUUCAGUGUCUGCUAAGUACAUUCAUCUAAGAGGCCGCGUUUCUAACUUUGAGACUUUGUCCAAAAUUUUAGAGUCUGUGAGAAGUUAACCACUUGCAUCUACUUAGUACUUGAAUUCAUCAUGGAACAUGACAGUUGUCCUGGAUGCCAUCAGCUGCAUUCCAUUAGAAUCUCUACAAGAAACGCUGGCUUAGUUUAUGAAGUCACUUUCAGUGCUUAGGGCUCUGGAGAAGAAGCAAAACUAGUCACAGACCAGAGACACAUCUUACAUGCAAGAAAAGCAGAGGCCGUGAGAAAACAGAUUGUAGAAAUCAAAAAGGAAAGCAUACUAAGAAAUACUGUGCUGAAAAUAUUAAUAAACCAAUGUGAACGGCAUAUCUGUGAGUUCCCCCUUGACAUUUGGUGUGGAGAUGAAAGAAAAGGAGGCUGGAUGGACAGUGGAGGGAAGUAAAAGAGAUAGGAAGGGAAUUCUGAGGCACUUUGAAGACAGAAAGCUGAAUUUUGGCAGGCAAAAUUCCUAGAAGUCAGCUAAAACGCACCUAGUACCUGCCAGGCCCUGAUUAAGGUAAGGACAGAGGGUCUUGGCAUGAAGGCAGAGACGGGGAAAUACUGGCGUUACUUGUACGAUUCCUUAACCGGUUGUGACAUACAUGGUUAAAGAAACGAGAAAGAAGAAAAUAGAAGGUGCAUUCAGAGGAAAAAGGAAUGAAAUUGUUGUUGUUGUUACUUGAAAACAGGAUGCACAUGUGCAAAUAAAGCUAUCUGGACAGCACACAUACAUAUUCUAUAUGACUUGGAUGAUUAAAAACAAAUGACAGAACAAAUCCACACAAGACAACAACAGCACGCAAAUGCUUAAGUCAAAGUGCAAAGUAAUAUGACUAAGCAUAAAAUGUCAGAAAUUUGCCUUUAAAUAGAAACAAAAUUAACAUCCUUGCUACGAUUCUAAAAUUAUUAUUACAAAAUUUACUAAAAAUAUUCAAUUUUGAAAACCUAGAAGGGGAUUGGUAGGGAAUGCCUCUUAGCAGUAAGUGCUUUUAGAUGGCCAUAAGUUCUGGGUUAUCAUAGCAGCAGACAGCAUGAAUGGGAAGGUAGGCUUUGUGUUAGCAGGUGCGACAUCAUCAGACAGACUCCUGUGAAGUAGGACACAUAACACGAUACCUUCAAGAUAUGUUUAUUUGGAUAUGGUACACCAUGCUAUAUUCCUAGUACAUACAAGGCUAAGGCAUGGAGAUUAGGAGUUCAAAGCCAUCAUUAUCUUCAUCAGGAGAUCUGCAGGCUGACAAGACUGCUUAGCGGGUAAGAGGGCUUGUUGUUAACUCUGAAGACCUGAGUGGUGGUCCAUGGAAUCCAUUUGGUGGGAAAAAUAGCAGAUUCCCAUAAGUUGUCUUUUGGCAUCUAACAGUAUGCCAUGGCAUGUGUGAGCGCGCGCGCGCGCACGCACACACACACACACACACACACACACACACACACACACACACAGAGAGAUGUUUAUAAACAGUCAGGCAAGACUCUCGCUGAAGCAGGAUGCUGGUGAGUAUGGAGGAUGCAUCCCUCUGAGCCCAAAGCUUUUGGAUCCUUAUUUCUGAGAACCAGGGCAGAAUGAAUAACUGAGCAUUAUAUAGAGAGAAAAGACUAGCAUACAGUUAGAGGAUUUUUGGGGGAAUUUGUUUUGUAAAGUCUUUGGUCAUAAGUGAUUGAGGAAGUUGCAGAGAUGCUUCAAAAAUUAAUUUUGUCUUCUAAGUGUCAAUCCAACAGAGGAUUGCCUUGUAUAAAGCUCUAGCCAUUGUGGCCUUCUCAACUCUAUUUUGUGACUUUGUGUGGCUAUGCUGAAUUCUAUAAGGUGUCUGUUGCUGCUUCUCACAUUGAAGAAACUGGUAUAGAUGUGGCAAGCAUAUGGGAUGUUGAGGGGGACACUUGAGUCAUAUCUAACUGGGCAUGCUUUUUUUUUCUCUUGGGCACUAGGCAAAGUGAAUCCUCUAGAUGCCAUGACCACCUGCUCUUUGCUAAUGCCCAGUGUGUGGGAAAGCACAGGAUGUGACUUUAGAAUGGAUCUGUCCUAAGAAAUAACAAAGCAAUACUGGUCUAGCACUGGAAGUUGUGUGAAAUUCUGUCUCUUCAUUUCUUAGAGGAUAGAUCGUGCCAAAUUCUUGAUACAAAUCACAGUUCUGUUAGUAAGAGUGGCCCUGAGUAGAAUACUAGCAUUUUUAGUUUGGUUAUUCUCUCAUAUGCUAAGUUUUUAAGUGGGAUGAUAGCUUUUGAAUUCAAUUUAUACAUUUCACAAUUCUUUCCUUUUUCUUUCUUCCUUCUUUCCAUUCUUCCUUCCUUCCCUGUCCUUCCUUCUCAUUGUUCCCUGCCUCAGUAGAUUUCUAUUGCUAUGAUAAACUGUGUGACCAAAAGUAACUUGGAGAGGGAAGAGUUUUAUUUAGGUCUAGGUUGUAGCCCAUCUUAGAGGCCACAGAUGGAUGAUACUUACUGGAUUUUCCUUCAUGGUUUACUCAGUCUGCCACUGAUGGUCCUUCCUGCAUAGCAGACUGGACCUUUGUGCUUCAACAUUUAAUCAAGGAAAAAUACCCCUUCAGGCAAUUUGACAGACACAUUUUUCUUAACUGAGAUUAGUUUUCUAAGAUAUAUCUAACUUAUGUCAAAUUGAGGAAAACAAACAAAACAACAACAAAAAACAAGUAACUAACCAGGACAGUCCCUUUAUUCUUUCUCUUUCCCCUUCUAUAUCUUUUCAUAUAAUCUAGUAAGAUGAUAUACUUGAAAGACCUUUUGCAGUUGGAAAUCUCUUACAUAUCAGCAAAUAUUAAAACAUCCAAAGGAAUACAAGUUCAUAUAAUGUGCUUGACACAGUGCUCUAUAAUUCAUUAUUGUUUACAGACUUAGUAAGUAUACAGUGUAGUUACCAUCUCCUGCUGAGUUAAGAAACAUAGAUCCUGGAAUUUUCUUAGGAUCCAUACAUACGCCAUGAGAUUGAAACCCUGGCUUCACCUUUGGAAAUAAUUAGCUAAGAAUAAACAUACAGGGGAUUGGGGAUUUAGCUCAGUGGUAGAGCGCUUCCCUAGCAAGCCCAAGGCCCUGGGUUCCGUCCCCAGCUCCGAAAAAAAAAAAGAAAGAAAAGAAAAAUAAGAAGAAUAAACAUACAGACAAACAAACCCUGUGCAGGUACUUUUAAUACAACCUCUACUCGAUAAGGACUAAAUUCUAUGAUUAAAAGUCCUUUUAAGUUGUUUCUUCUAAUACUCAAAAUUAGAAUAUUAUUACAUAUUUUCCUUCUAUCCUUCCUCUGUCUCAAACCUCAAACUCCUCCCUCCCCCAACACCCCCAGUCUCUUUGAAAGCUAUGUCCUCUGGCGUCUUUGUCUUUAAUUGUUGAUAUAUAUAUAUAUAUAUAUAUAUAUAUAUAUAUAUAUAUAUAUAUAUGUAUGUAUGUAUGUAUGUAUGUAGAUAGAUAGAUAGAUAGAUAGAUAUAUACAUUUAAUACAUGUAACAAUAAGCUGCUCUGUGUGUGCAUAUUAUUUCAGGACUCUGUACUUGGCAUUGAGUAACCUAACAGAGAUGCUCCUCUAGUGCAGACUCUGUCUCCAGCUCCCAGCAUUACUUAGUUGCCUAGAGUUCUUAGUGUAGGGUUUGGGUCUUCUGAAAUUCCUCAUGCUUCCACAUCAUUAAGCUUGUUGGUGUCUUCCUUCUUUAGGCAGCCAUAAUGUUUGCACUGCAUAGGGGUAGCUCCUCUGACAUAUCUAGGGGACACAAUCUCACAGCAGAUGUCCAGUCUGCCUGGCUCUUACUGUCUUUCUGCUCCCUCUUUCCAGAUGUUCCCAGAGCCCUAGGUGCAGCCAU